GGGCUCCGGGCUUACCUGCUGGGCACGAAAACAGCGUCAUCACGUCCACAUAUGAGGGGCUUUUUUGUUGUUUAAGAGCUGGAGAGCCAGGUAGGCUGCCGUGAGUCUGCCUCAGACAGCCCUGCGCUCUGUGGAGGGACCUACUGAAGAAGUAAAUGCAUUUGCUCCCGUUUAAAAAUACCUUUUCUCGCACUCCACUUGGUAUCUUCUUGAUUUUUACGGAUACAAACACUUCAGGAACCUUUACUUACCAAAAUGAGACACAAUCUGAUGUGUCAGACACCUCCUACUGUCACGGUUCAUGUAAAAUCAAGUGCAUCCAGAUCACAUCAGCAAAAAAACCUUAUUAGACUAAAGCGGCCUACUUUUAAAGACCAUGAAGAAAAUUGUGAAAAAAAGGUUCCUAGUCAUAAAUAUAAAUGUCCAAAGGGACCAUGUCUAGUUAUUCAGCGUCAGGAAAUGACAGCUUUCUUUAAAUUAUUUGAUGAUGAUCUAAUCCAAGACUUCCUUUGGAUGGACUGUUGCUGUAGAAUUGCAGACAAGUAUCUCUUGGCAAUGACUUUCGUUUAUUUCAAGAGGGCUAACUUCACAGUAAAUGAGCAUACCAGAAUCAAUUUCUUUGUCGCUCUGUAUCUGGCAAAUACAGUUGAAGAAGACGAUGAAGAAUCAAAGUAUGACAUUUUCCCAUGGGCCUUGGGAAAAGCCUGGAGAAAGCUCUUCCCUGAUUUCUUAAAGUUAAGAGAUCAACUAUGGAGUAGAAUUGACUACAGGGCUAUUGUAAGCAGACGCUGCUGUGAAGAGGUGAUGGCUAUUGCUCCAACGCAUUACGUAUGGCAGCGAGAACGUUCUAUACACCACAGCGGAGCUGUGAGAAACUACGAUGAUCAAGUACAGCUGCCCCGCGGACCUAGUGCUACUCCUACAGACUGCCUGCUUUGUGGUAAGAAGGGAAGAUUUGUACGACUAGGAUUAUCAUCAUCUUCCUCCUCAUCUACUGGCACUUUGGAGAUGACGGAAUUACAUUCAUCCCAGAAUUUGAAGGACAACUUUCCAGAUGAGAAAAUGCUCGUUGACUCUCCUUUUUAUUACGCCCAAGGUAACUGUCAGAGCCUGUCCAGCAAAAGGAGACCAGGUAGCACCUUGAACCAAGACAAAUCCAUGGAUUGGUUUAUAAACAAUGAAGAAUGAAAUACACCCAAUGAGAUAGAAAGAGAUAUUGUCCUUUGCAGAACAAUCUGUGUUGCAUCACACCACCAUACCU